AAAUCACAAUGUGUCUCACACAGAUAAACGUCACAAUCAAUGUACAUCACCCUCUCACUGUCUCUCCUCCAGCUAGCUGCCUAGCUCCAAACCGAAUCUUCCAUCUUUCAUUCCAUGUGCUCAAACAACACAUCCCACAAGACAUUACCACCUUAGCAAUUUAGCAUAUACUUAAACCCUCCAUUAAGCUUUCUCUUUAACUAAACCACUCUUAAACCAAAUCCACCUUCAAUUAACAACUCCCCCAGCAAACAUCCACUUUUUUUUUUUUUAAUAAACUCGGUAUCCGACCUAAGAAACGACUCUAAGAUACUUCAACUCAAGAUAUAAUGUCUGUAGCAUGUGGAGCCGAGUGUGUUCUAGUCCUCGGCUGUGCCCGUUGGCUCUGGAAACGCUGCACAUACAUCGGCGCCGACGACAGUGCCACAUGGCCACCGGCCACUGCCGUUGAAUUCGAACCAGUGCCACGUGUCUGCCGUAUCAUCCUAGCAAUCUACGAACCCGAUCUCCGCAACCCAAAACUUGCCAUACCCGCUAACGGCUACCGUUUAAACCCCGAUUGGGUAAUCAAGCGCGUGACUUACGAAGAAACUGAAGGUCACGCGCCGCCGUAUAUAAUCUACGUCGAUCACGAUCACCGUGAGAUUGUAAUGGCCGUGCGUGGUUUGAAUUUAGCUAAAGAAAGUGAUUAUAAGCUUUUGUUGGAUAAUAAACUUGGGAUGCAGAGAUUUGAUGGUGGGUAUGUUCAUCAUGGGUUGUUGAAAUCUGCGGUUUGGUUGUUGAAUAGAGAAUCUGAGACGUUGAAGAAGUUGUGGGUGGAGAAUGGUGAAGAGUAUGGGAUGGUUUUUGCUGGACAUUCAUUGGGUUCUGGUGUUGUUUCUUUGUUGAGUAUUCUUGUUGUGAAUCAUAGGGAACAAUUGGGUGGGAUUGGUAAAGAGAAGAUUAGGUGUUAUGCUCUUGCUCCUGCUAGGUGUAUGUCACUUAAUUUGGCUGUUAAAUAUGCUCAUGUCAUUCAUUCCAUUGUGUUGCAGGAUGAUUUCUUGCCAAGAACGGCCACGCCAUUAGAAGAUAUAUUCAAAUCAAUAUUUUGCUUGCCCUGCUUAUUAUUCUUGGUUUGCUUGAGGGACACCUUCAUACCUGAGGAUCGGAAACUAAGAGAUCCAAGGAGACUUUACGCACCUGGACGAAUGUACCAUAUUGUCGAACGAAAAUUUUGCAGAUGUGGGAGAUAUCCUCCUGAAGUGAGGACUGCUAUUCCUGUUGAUGGAAGAUUUGAGCAUAUCGUCUUGUCCUGCAACUCAACAUCAGAUCAUGGAAUUAUUUGGAUCGAAAGGGAGGCAGAGAAAGCCUUACAAUUAAUGAAGGAUCAGGACAGCUCCAAAACCAUGACAGUCCCACCAACGUUACAAAAAUUUGAGAGAUUGAAGACGAUAGAAAAAGAACAUAAAGAUGCUUUAGAAAGGGCUGUUAGCUUAAAUGUACCUCAUGCAGUGGACACCGUUGAGAAAGAACCAUCAGAAGAUAAUGAAGGUGAGGCAGCAUCCGGCAGUAGUGGUGACAAAGAAGCCGCCUCAAGUAGUGAAUCGAAACCAAGUGGUGGAAAAUUAAACUGGGAAGAAGUUGUUGAAAAGCUCUUGGAGAAUGAAAAAGGAGAUAAACAUAUUGAAGAGGAUACAAAUGUCCAACAUUGACUUGUUUAGGUUUAAAUAUCAACACACAUAGAUGUAUUUGGUUCUUUUGUCUUAUAGGCAUUAUAGGCAUUCUUGAGAUUUUAAAUUUAGAUGUGAAAAGAUGUACAUUUGUUUGAAAAACAACAUUCGAGAGGGAAAAACUACAAACAAUUAGGAGAGGUGCUAUUCCGAUCGGUUGUGAUAUUAUUUUCGUUGUAUAGUUGUGAAAUUAACAUGAAUUGAUAAAUUGUUUUCAUGUUAUGAAAGGACCUAAUUAAUUUUCA